AAGAGCUGAGGUUCAGGCUCUAGUGAACAGUAAACACCCCGCCAGUUCUCAUCUCAACCUCUCUGGGAGAAGGACAACCACAGGACCCAAUACCCAGAGGACAUAUAUUAUUUCUUUUAAAAGAUGCCAAGGUACACAGUCCACGUCCGAGGGGAAUGGCUGGCGGUGCCAUGCCAGGAUGGCACGAGCACAGUGAGGUGGCUGGGCAAAGAGGCAGUGAGACGUUAUAUGAAGAACAAACCGGAUAAUGGGGGGUUUACCUCGGUGGAUGAAGUGAAGUUCUACAUGCGGAGAUGCAAAGGCUUAGGCUUGCUGGAUCAUGAUGACCCGUUAGAGGUGGCCUUAGAAGACAAUGAGUUUGUGGAAGUUGUUAUAGAAGGCGAUGUAAUGUCUCCAGAUUUCAUUCCAUCUCAACCAGAAGGAGUUUAUUUAUAUAGCAAAUACCGGGAACCCGAAAAAUAUAUCUCUUUAGAUGGGAACAGCCUAACAACUGAGGAUCUGGUCAGUUUAGGAAAAGGGCUCUUCAAAAUCAAGCUCACUCCCGAAGCUGAAAAGAAAGUCCAACAAUCCAGGGAUGUUAUCGAAAGCAUCGUGAAAGAGCAAACUGUCGUGUAUGGAAUCACUACAGGCUUUGGGAAAUUUGCUCGUACUGUCAUUCCCAUCAGUAAACUCAAGGAGCUUCAGCUCAAUUUAGUGCGUUCACAUUCCUCAGGUGUUGGAAAACCCUUGAUCCCUGAGAGAUGUCGCAUGCUCUUGGCUUUAAGGAUCAACGUCCUGGCCAAAGGCUAUAGUGGAAUUUCUUUGGAAACGCUCCAUCAAGUAAUUGAAGUGUUCAAUGCAUCCUGCCUGCCAUACGUUCCAGAGAAAGGGACUGUUGGAGCCAGUGGAGACCUGGCCCCACUUUCUCAUCUUGCUCUCGGCCUCACAGGAGAAGGGAAGAUGUGGUCUCCGAAAAGUGGCUGGGCUGAUGCAAAAUACGUCUUGGAAGCACAUGGACUGAAACCAGUUGUCUUGAAGCCUAAAGAGGGCCUGGCUCUGAUUAAUGGAACUCAGAUGAUCACAUCCUUGGGCUGUGAAGCAGUGGAAAGAGCCAGUGCUAUCGCCCGACAAGCGGACAUUGUUGCAGCCCUGACCCUGGAAGUGCUCAAGGGAACCACCCGAGCCUUUGAUACUGAUAUUCAUGCCGUGAGACCUCAUCGGGGCCAAAUCGAAGUAGCCUUCCGGUUUCGGUCCCUCUUGGACUCGGACCACCAUCCGUCAGAAAUAGCAGAAAGUCACAGGUUUUGCGAUAGAGUCCAGGAUGCAUACACAAUGCGCUGUUGCCCACAGGUCCAUGGUAUAGUGAACGACACAAUCGCUUUUGUCAAGGACAUCAUCAUGACAGAAAUUAACAGUGCAACAGACAAUCCUAUGGUCUUUGCUGCAAGAGGAGAGACUAUUUCUGGAGGAAAUUUCCAUGGGGAAUACCCAGCCAAAGCUUUGGACUACCUGGCGAUCGGUGUCCAUGAACUUGCUGCGAUCAGCGAAAGGAGAAUCGAAAGACUCUGUAACCCAUCACUCAGUGAACUGCCUCCGUUUUUGGUGACCGAAGGGGGUCUGAAUUCUGGAUUCAUGAUUGCUCACUGCACUGCAGCUGCCCUGGUUUCUGAGAACAAAGCCCUGUGCCACCCCUCUUCUGUGGAUUCUCUCUCAACCAGCGCCGCUACCGAGGACCACGUCUCCAUGGGAGGAUGGGCUGCGAGAAAGGCUUUAAGGGUUAUUGAACAUGUCGAACAAGUGUUGGCCAUUGAGCUUCUCGCCGCUUGCCAGGGCAUUGAGUUUUUACGCCCCCUGAGAACGACCACUCCAUUGGAGAAGGUCUAUGACCUUGUGCGCUCCGUUGUCAGACCUUGGAUGAAAGAUCGCUUCAUGGCCCCAGACAUUGAGGCAGCUCAUAGGCUACUUGUGGAGCAAAAGGUUUGGGAUGUAGCUGCGCCUUACAUUGAAAAAUACAGAAGAGAGCACAUCCCAGAAUCAAGACCUAUAUCUCCCACAGCCUUUACCCUGGCCUCAUUGCACAUCAAAACAAAUGCUAAGCAAGAUCUUCCAGAGACAGAAGACCUUUAAUAAGUCACAGAGUGUAAUGCUCAGGAAAAAAAGCUCUUUCUUGAGAUAUUUCUUAUGUCAAAUUAAUUUUUGUAACCUUCUUCCUCCUCAGAGUCUACGGUGCUACUUUCUAAGUUACAAACAUACUUGGGUUACGGGGAAAUUUUUAGCCACUUUCUUGACCUGAAAAUAAGGUGACAUAUUAUUGAAAAAAGAAUUCAGUAAUCACACAAGUCUCCCUCCCUUUUUCUUGCCUAUCCUUGAAGAAUGAGUUGAAAUUUGAAAUACUAACCAAGAUUACUGGAACCACUUUUCCCUCAAAUAGAAAGAUGUGAACUUAUAUUUAGUUGCUGGCAUUUUUACCGGAACUGGAUUUCUUUAUUGAUUAGCUUGAUGCCAUGAUGCUAUUCUGGUGUAAACAUUACUUGUGUAAUAAAAGUGCUUAUUUAUGAACUUUG